AUGGAGAGCCCCUCACAAACUCCCCACAGUGGAAGCAGCCUCUGGAAAGGGAUUCUGAUCACAGCCUCCAUUAUCAGCAGCUGGAUCCAGCCAACAUCUGUUCAAAGCGAUUCCAUCAGUAUUGUGCCAAAACCUCCCUAUGGGACAGUGGGCAGCAGUGUCAUCUUGGACAUCCUGGGGUCCUCUGAGCAGCCUCCCAGCUAUACCUGGUACAGAAGGACAAAUGACCCCUACGACCAGAUUGUUUUCUACAGUGUUGCUACUGGAGAGCAGACACCACCACAAAGCCGGCUGAAGGUGUUCUCCAAUGGCUCCCUGCUCAUCCCUGACCUCACCCUCAGUGACACUGAUGACUACCUUGUACUAUUUCUUAAUUCCUCAAGUGCCCUGAUAGCAACAGCACGAGUGCAUUUAGCUGUGUAUGGGCCACUAUCCAAACCUACCAUCAGCAGCACCAACAUGGCCCCAGUGGAGAACAAGGACACUGUCUCCUUAACAUGCCAGUCUGAGAGUCAAGAUGUCACAUACCUGGUUUGGUUCAUAAACCAAGGCUCCCCAGCUGAUGACAGGAUACUGCUGUCCCUGGAUAACAGGACAGUCACUAUAACCAAGGCCACAAGGGAAAACCAAGGACCUUAUCAAUGUGAAAUCCGGAACCCAGUUGAUGUGACUAGGAGUGACCCAUUCACACUGAAUUUUGCCUAUGGCCCGGAUACUCCCAUGAUUGUCCCCACAGACACUCAUUACCCUGUAGGGGCAACUCUUGAGUUGUCCUGCUCUGCUGACUCUAACCCACCUGCCCAGUACACUUGGCUUUUCAGUGGAAUGGAAAUGGUGUCCACAUCCCAGCUCUCUAUUCCUAAUGUGAAUCUGAAUGACACUGGAACCUAUACUUGUAAUGCAUCUAACUCAAUCACUGGCCUGUCUAGCAGCAAAGACAUCAGUGUCACAAUCUUGGAAUAUAAUGGCUCCUCACUCUCUGGAGGGGCCAUGGCUGGUACUGUGAUUGGAGUCCUAGUUGGCAUGGCUCUCAUUGGUACCCUCAUCUAUUUCCUGUUCUACAGAAAGACUGGAAGGGCCAGCAAAGACCACCUUUCAGAGAAGAACCCUUCAGCACUCAAACACGGUGAGGACACCAUCCUGUAUGAAAACAUUGUUCACCUAAAAGACUCAGCUCUGUCUGCACAGGGCCUGGGCUCCUCCCCUGCUUUUCCUGAAGUCCCAUCUGAGAGUGCCUAUCAGGCACUAGACAUGACCAGAGUGGAUAUUUAUGCCAAGAUCGAUCCCUGGAAGAACCCUCAAAUCCAAGAAAGAGAGGAAGGCUCCUAG